AUGCUAAAUCCUACUUGCUAUUUUUCCGUUUUUCUAGUUUCCAUAGUUUCUUGCUUCUACGAAAAUAACUCGAACUACGAACCAAAAUGGAUAUACUUUCUGAAUAAUCAGAAAAAAUUGAUGAGCGAUUUGUUUGAUGGAUACGAUAAUUCUGUGUCGCCAGUUUAUUCACAAGUGGACCCAUCGAAACCCCUCGGCUAUGACCUGGAAGCUCCGAAACGAUUCAAUUACACAUUAUUCUUGUAUUUCGUGAAACUUGUCGAAGUCGUUGAACCAGAAGAAAAGGUCACACUUGUUCUGGAGAUAUCUGAAGCUUGGUUUGACCCCAGACUUGCGUGGGAGGCGAACUCGUAUAACGGUAUCAAUACGCUUUACGUACGACAGGAAAAAGUUUGGUCCCCCACACUGAACUCAUAUAAAGUAAACGAUAUGAAUGACCUGCGUGACCAAGACUUUCGUAUAGUGUCCAUUGACUCUUCGGGACGUGUCAAUACCACCACAUCGCUGAGAAUGUCCAUCAACUGCCCAUUGAAUGUUGCGGUAUUCCCAUUCGAUUCUCAAACCUGUGUAAUGCAGUUCACCAUGCCCUUAUUCCCAAUUCAUUUUGUUGAACUUCACACCGAACUUUUUGAUGGAAUCGCCAACUCAACUGCAUGGUCGUUAAUGGGAAACGCUGAAUGGGAUAUGAUCAAUUUGACAAAUCGAGUGGAAAUUCUGGCUUAUGGAGAUUAUCAGUUGGCUACUUUUGAGAUAACGAUUCGACGAAAUCCAAUGUACUACAUUUAUAUGAUUGUGCUCCCUUCAUUUAUCAUCAACACACUAUCGAUUAUAGGGGUGUUUAUGAGAAAGGCGGAUAGGAUGUCAAAGCUGAACGUCGGUCUCACUAACAUCAUGACAAUGACUUUUAUCCUAGGAGUCAUGGCUGACAAAAUUCCAAAAACCGGAUCUAUCCCACUUCUAGGCAUUCACAUAGUCGUCAACCUGUUCAUUACUGUAGCAGCCGUUGCAGUUACUGUAUUCAUUGAGAAAAUAAAGAAGGUUGUUUUGCCGAGAUUAAGAAAACGAAAAGGAUUAUGGAGCUACAAACUGGAGGGAAUUCUUGAAGAUUGGAUGGAUAUCAUAUGUAUGAUAGUGUUGGAAACAAUCAGCUGUGUUAAUUUCUUCAUCAUAAUUGGGUUCUGGAUUGCUAAUUCUUAA